ACGACCAUGUCCACCGACGAAACUCGCUCGCCACCACAGCCUGGUCCUCUUCUGUCCGAUAUAGCUGUCUUGAGAUCUUUCAUCGAGCAAGACGAGCAAGAAGGCGCCGAUCCUGACAUCGCAGAGCUCCUUAGACACCUGGAGACUGCGGAAGGUAUCGCGGCAGGCGUGGAGAGUCAGGUGGAUGAGAUCAUAGGCAACCUGGACGAGAUACUGGGCACGCUGGAGGCGCAUGAGCAGGCGACGAUUUCCAAUCGCGAGAGUACCAUCAUACGGCGAGGCGACACGGUCGUGCAGGAAGAACAGGCUACUGUCGUGGUCACAGAGAGCGUGGAAGUCCAGGACGGCAGCAAUGAGCAGAAGGCAGACUAAUAUGACCCAGGGCUCACUCAGUCAUCGUCCAUAGGGCAGGUUUCGUGCACUUUGCUCGGUUUGUACAGUCCUCGGCGCAUCGAUUCAAGUUGCAUUCGAGGUGCUCACUCAGGGUAAUUCUAGAGUCAAUUGCGCAUCCUUUGACAAUGUCCCUUGCGCUGUGGCUGCUGUCCAGCUUCUCUCGAAUCUCCCUGAGCCAGAGGAGCAAACAAUCCACAUCGCGUCAAGACCGACAGUU